AUGAAAGAAACCAUUUCCAAUCGCGUAAAAAACUAUUGCCAUUUCAUGGUUUUGCCGCUAAAAAUAGUGGGUUGUUGGGACUGGUUCCGAAAUCCCACUAAAGCUUCGCACAUCUUCAUAAACAAUGUUUAUUUGGCUAUGGUAUUAUUUAUAUUACUUAAUUUAACGGUGUCCUUGGUUGUUCAUCUAUAUGGGGAGUGGACGGAUAUAAUGUCAAAUUUAGACAAAAUGGCCGACGGAUUACCGUUAAUUGUCUCAAUAGCUAUCGUAGCGUACUUCUCGAUUUGGAAAAAGGAAAUGUAUGAUUUGUGCGAGUACAUGAAUAAUAAUUUUAAAUGGCAUUCAGCUAGAGGUUUGACAAAUAUGACGAUGCAGGCAAGCUAUAAGACGGCAAGGAAUUUCGCGUUCUUUUACACGGCUUGCACGAUUUUCAGUGUGGCCAUGUACGUGGUAUUGCCUGUUGCUGGAUAUUUAUGGUUCAACCACCCCCUACAUCCGUGGAUAUACAAAGACGUCGUCCAGGGUCCGUUUAUAGCACUAAUAUUUGUGAGACAAUGCUUGGCUCAGGGAUUUGUCGCUCUUGCUAUGGGACAAUUAGGCGUAUUCUUCGCUUCAAACUCGAUCCUACUCUGUGGACAGCUAGACUUGUUAUGUUGUUCCCUGCGCAACGUCAGAUACACGGCAUUGCUGCAACAUGUCGAGCAUGCAGCAAUAUCAGCACAAAAGUAUAGUACGGUGGAGGAUGAGCAGCAUAGUUACAUGUAUAAUAUGUCUGAGGUGAAGGAAUUGGAGUAUCAUUAUGAUGAGAUAGUACGAGCCAGUCACAAGGAAGUACGUUUCGAUAUCUACAGUAAACAGUAUGACGACGCAACAGUGCUUGCCAUCCAGGAUUGCGCGCGGGUCUGCCAAGUCGUCUACGAGUAUAAGCAACGAUUCGAACGAUUUGUGUCGCCACUCCUCGCGCUACGUGUCGUCCAAGUUACUAUGUAUCUUUGUACCCUGUUAUAUGCUGCUACGUUGAAAUUCGACAUGAUCACAGUGGAGUAUCUUGGUGCAGUAGCGUUGGAUAUUUAUGUAUACUGCCAUUUUGGAAACCAAAUCAUUUUACAGGCAGAUCGCGUCUCCACCGCGGCUUACCAAAGCGCGUGGCCAAGUAUGGGAGUGGCCCCUCGUCGAUUGCUACUCAACGUGCUUCUGUCAAACCUUCGUCCCGUGGUUGUGAGAGCUGGGAACUUCUUGCCUAUGAAUCUACAUACUUUUGUUGUGAUAAUCAAGACUUCGUUCUCAUAUUACACGCUGUUGGUCAACGUAAAUGAUAAGUAAGCUCGGGAGACUCAUUGAUGUAGCUUCUAGAAAUCCUAGUCAGAUAUU